AUGGCCUAUCGUUCUCAUAAUAACGAAAGUGGAUAUGAUGAAUCGAGAUUUAAGAAUGCUGUUGAUGAAAAUUUUCACUGUUCAAUUUGCCUUAACAUCGCUAAAGAUGCCAGAAUGUGUCAACACAAUCAACACAUCUUUUGCUGUUCUUGUAUCGAAGAACAUCUACGAGUCAAUGCACAAAGAUGUCCUCAAUGUCAAGAUAAUUUGACUGUAGCUACACUUCUUCCAGCGCGUGUUAUAAAUAAUAUGAUUUCAAUGUUAAAGAUCAACUGCCAUUACGCUAGUCGUGGUUGUCCUGAAUUUAUAAACGUUGAAGAUCUUGAAAGACAUGUUGAAAGUUGUGGUUUUGCUCCAGUGUUGUGUUCUAAUGAACGUUGUGACAAGGAGAUAAACAAACGAGACAAGAUUAAAUGA